AUGGUAGCGGAGCUGGUUCGGACCUCCCAGGAGGAGGCUUCUUCCAGCCAGGCACCGCAGGGUGCCAAAGGGAGCGGAGCCGCUGAAGCUCCAGCUCGACCGCGCCGCCCUCUCAUGGGCGAGCGCACAGAAGAGCCCGCGCAAGGCCCUGGGAAGAAGAAGAACGGCCGAGGUGCCCAAGCGACCCGCUCUGCCGGCUCCUCUUUCUUAGCAGGGACGGCCCCGCUAGAAGAGGAAGCUGCAGCAGCAGCGGGCGCGGGGCCUGUGAAGACUGGAACCUUGGGCACCGCCGCGGUGUCCAAGGAGGACUCAGAGCUGGGGACGACCGGGUCUGUACCCUCUCUUUCGCGCCUCUCGGCGCCGCGGGCCUCGCGGGUGGCGCGGGCCGCAGAGCCAGCCGAGGCCACCCCGGAGGCAAAGCCGAAGGCCUUGCCAAAGGGCGCUCCGGCAGCGAAGGCCCCAACGGUGAAGGCGCCGCCGCCUCACCUUGGGCCACCGCCUCCACUGAACACCUCACCGGCCGACGACGGUGAGCAGGUGGAGACAGAGGAGAGUUCCUCUGAGGGCCAAGGGCCGUGCCAGUUCUUGAACGGACUCAGGCACGCGGCCCGGAGCAGGCCAGAGACUUCUUGGGAAGGGAACCCAAGGCUGGCACAGCAGUACGGAGAAGCCCUGACCUUGCUGGACGAGAUCAGCCAGGCUAUCUUCGCGCUGCGCGGGGAAGUGGCAACCCUUAGGGGGUUGCUGGAGAGCCAAGCGCAGCAGCUGCAGGCUGCGAUUGGCGAGCUUGCGGCCCAAAGACAGCAAACACAGGGCCUUGCUGCAGCAGCCGCUCCGGCGGCACCCGCCCCUGCGCCUGCGCAGGCGAGCGGUGGAGGGCACUUGCUCAAGAGCAUGCGGCUCCCUGCCGCCUUUAAGGGGCGAGACGACUGGGAGCGCUUUGCCUUUCAGGCAGAGUCCUACCUGGCGGUCGUAGACACCAGGUACCCAGCAGAGCUGGAGGUGGCUCGAAAGUGCAAGGUGCCACUCCAGAUGACCGCCAUGACCGAAAUGGCGCAGGGCGUGAGGGAGGUAGUGGUGAGCUACUUGCAAGCCAAAAGGGUUUGGACCCCGAGUGCGGGCUACGCCGCCUCUUCCCGAAGGGACCCUAACGCCAUGGACAUUGGCAGAAUAGGGGACCACGGAAAAGAAGGGAAGGGCAAAGGCGACCAAAAGGGCAAGAAGGGGGACAAGGACCACAAGAAGGGCAAGGGCGACCACGACAACAAAGGAAAGAAAGGGGACAAGAAGGGGAACCAGCAAGGAGGCAGAGACGGCAAGGAAAGAUGCCCAAUCUGCUGGAAAACGGGGCACACCGUAAAGGAGUGCUGGUUCAACGCCAAGGGGAAGGGCAAAGGCAACAAAGGCCAGGUGGCCCAACGCGGCCACCACGUUGUCAACAGCCUCCUUGGCCAGGUGCGCCAGGUGCGCGACGACCGCAUCUUAGGUGUGCGGUUUGCCCCGCCUCACGACACCGAGCCAGAGGAAGAAAAGAUCCUCAAGGUGUCGGGGAGUCUUCUCGUGGACUCCGGGGCGCGUGUGUCCGUUUGCAGGCCCGAGGCGUUUCCCGACCUGCAGCCCGCGGGCCCACCAAAGAGCCUUUACUCGGUGGACAACAGCCGCCUGAAGACAAAGGGCCGUGUCCAGCCGAGCCUCCUCUUAGGGGAGGAGCGCCAGUCCUGCAAGGUCAACUUUGAGGUGACCGAGGACAUAGAGGACGAGAUCCUCAGCAUCAGCCGUGCUGUUGAGGCCGGUGCGGGCAUUUGGCUCCACCGAGAGGACAGCCACAUUUUGUGGCCAGACGGCGUCCGAGCCUCGAUCCUCAAGAGAGGGUCACAGUUCCUCCUACCCUACGAGCGGGAGCUCCCGCCGGGCGCAAAAAAAAAGGACGCGGCGAUGGAAGCAGCAGCAGCCGAAGAGGCCGAAGCUGCUGAAGAGGAAGAGGGCGUGGUGCGAGAAGUGCGUGGAGGGGCGCGCGAGGACCCGCACCGCCGCCGUGAGCCCGCUGAUGAUCCGGUGACGCCACUUGUCACCAUGGAUUAUCAGUUCUACAGCCGGGACGGGAAAGAAGUUGAGGAAGAAGCGUCGCUUGCCACGGUGCUGAACCUCACAGACAGAGCCACUGGCUGGACUCUGUCAAUUCCCGUGGCGCACAAAGGGCACAGAUACGCGGCCUACGCCGCGGGGCUUGUGGAGCAGUUCGUGGAUCGCCUGGGGUACGACAAGUUCACCCUGCACGUCGCCUGGCUGCAGGCCCGUUCCAAGUCAACGGACGGGGUGACACCAUAUCGGGCAGCCACUGGCACCGACUGUGGUGGAGCGCUUUGCUCUUUUGGGGAAACCGUGCUAGCCAAGCUCCCAAGGCCCGGGAACAAAGCGCAAGUGCGCUGGGUCAAAGGGGUCUGGACUGGCAAGCUGGAGCGCGACGACUCCCACGUGGUGCUGACCGAAGCAGGCGCACUCAACGUGAGGAGCGUCAGGCGACUCUCGCCGGAAACCCGGCACCAGACGGCAGCCGCUCUCAAAGCGUGCGGCCUGCCUUGGAACCCCAGAUUUGGCCGCGCAGCACCAGCAGAGCGCAGCGAGCCGAUGAUGGUGCCAAUCCCUCUGGCCACGCCGGCCGAGGAGGUGGAGCGGCGAGAACCGCCCGGUGAGCGCUGGCUCUUUCACGACGGGCCACGGCCCGACGACGAGGCCCUCCUAGUGGAAGGAGCCGAGCAGGCCAGCAGGCUCCCGGACGCCAGUCCCACCCAGGACCUGGCUAACGCCGACAUACCGGACUACGAACCGUCCGACGUGGAGGCAGCACCCGCCGCAGCAAGCGCGCCGCCACCACAGGCGGCAAGCCCCGCCCCAGCCGCCAACGACGGCUCAGGCGAAGGGGGGCAGAAGCGCGACUCUGCGGGUUCCUCCGCGAGCGCAGCGGCAGCACAGCAGCCGCCUGCAGCUAAGAGCCGCACGGAGCCCAAGAAGGCACCGCGGCUAGGAGCGCUCACUGAGCGCGAGGUGUGGCAGCACAUCGCUGCCUUAGCCGACGCGCCGCUCACCAACUACCAGGGUGAGCGGGUCGAGCAGGCACGCAAAGAGCAGCUGAGAAAGCUGUGGGACCGAGGCGCUUUCACGCCCGUGCUGCGGUCUGAAGUACCGCGCGGGGCGCAGCUCUUUAGGGCAAAGUGGGUCGACAAGUGCGACAAAGGGCGGUACAAGUCCAGAUGUACAUGCGCCGAUGUCAAGGCCCGCUACAGCCCAGAGCAGGAAGCUGGCAUGGACAUUUUCGUCCCAACGCCAACGCCCGAGAGUCACUCCCUUUUGGAAGUAGCAGCGCUACACAACGAAGGGUGGGUCACUAGGUCUUUGGAUAUAGUGGCAGCCUUCUUGAUUGGGAGGGACCGCAGUGCGGCGGAAGGCUGCCCGGUCUAUAUGCACGCGCCCGUGGAGUGGCGCGAGCUCUUUGACCAAUGGGUUUUGGAGCAGCCAACAAAGGACCAGCAGUGGUACCGAGACCACUUCCGGGACUUUGUGUUUAGGGUGGACGGCAACCUUUACGGCCGUAGAACGGCCGGGUCCGUCUACAGGGACGAGCUGGAGGAAGUCUUGACUGGCAAGCUCAGCAAGGACUACGACUUCCAGCGAGGCGUGAAGGACCCGUGCGUGUUCCUAGACCGCCGGUCCGGCUUGAUCCUUCUCCACCAUAUCGACGACAUUCGUAUAACGGUGGGAGAACUGGAGGAGCCGGGCACAGCGGUGGAGGUCCUCGGAAGGACCAAGGUGCGCACCGAGGACUCAAUCCUCACGCUGCCCGACAGCAAGCACGCAGACAAUGUGUGCGAGCAGCUCGGCAUAGGGCCCAAAGACAAAGGGGUCGUGCCGAGCAAGCCUCUGGACCUGUCAAGGUCCGAGGAACUCUCUGCGGGAGACUCCGCGAGGUUCCGCAGUGCCGUCGGUAGUGCCAUCUACCUGUCGGCAGACCGGCGCGACAUACAGUUCGCCGUGAAAGAGCUGGCACGCAGACUGCAGAACCCACGCAUCUGCGAUUGGCUCGCUGCGGAAACCCUCGCGCGAUACCUGCGGGCAACCCCGCGGUUUGGAAGAGUGGUUGUGCUGGACCCGGCGUCCAAGAGCACAGCCCUUCUGAACUUGGAGGUCUACUCAGACUCCGACUGGGCGGGGUGCCCAGAGACAAGAAGGAGCACAGACAACAUAGUUGCCUGUCUCGGGGGAGCAGUCAUCCAGACAAGCUGCCAGACACAGCCCGGCCUCCCAGCAACCUCCAGCGGAGACGCGGAGAUCCGAGGCGUGUCGCGAGAAGCAAGGGAGGCCGUCUUCCUACGAGAACUUGCGGAGAAAGACUUCGCCCUGGCCUGCGGCUUGCCGCGGCUCUGGGCGGACUCCGCAGCUUCGAUCGGCGCGCUCAGAGCCAAACUUCUCGAACUGAGAAAAGUUAAGGGAACCGAGAAUCCGGCAAACUUCGCCACCAAGCACGCGGGCACGUCGCCUGGCUGCAGGACCGUGCUAGCCAAGCUCCCAAGGCCCGGGAACAAAGCGCAAGUGCGCUGGGUCAAAGGGGUCUGGACUGGCAAGCUGGAGCGCGACGACUCCCACGUGGUGCUGACGGAAGCAGGCGCACUCAACGUGAGGAGCGUCAGGCGACUGCCGCCGGAAACCCGGCACCAGACGGCAGCCGCUCUCAAAGCGUGCGGCCUGCCUUGGAACCCCAGAUUUGGCCGCGCAGCGCCAGCAGAGCGCAGCGAGCCGAUGAUGGUGCCAAUCCCUCUGGCCACGCCGGCCGAGGAGGUGGAGCGGCGAGAACCGCCCGGUGAGCGCUGGCUCUUUCACGACGGGCCACGGCCCGACGACGAGGCCCUCCUAGUGGAAGGAGCCGAGCAGGCCAGCAGGCUCCCGGACGCCAGUCCCACCGAGGAGCUGGCUCACGCCGACUUUUACCGGACUACGAACCGCGAAGGGGGGCAGAAGCGCGACUCUGCGGGUUCCUCCGCGAGCGCAGCGGCAGCACAGCAGCCGCCUGCAGCUAAGAGCCGCACGGAGCCCAAGAAGGCACCGCGGCUAGGAGCGCUCACUGAGCGCGAGGUGUGGCAGCACAUCGCUGCCUUAGCCGACGUGCCGCUCACCAACUACCAGGGUGAGCGGGACGCGUGGGUUGGGCAGGUGACAGACCUGCUGGACCGCAUGCUCGACCCUAAGCAGGUCGAGCAGGCACGCAAAGAGCAGCUGAGAAAGCUGUGGGACCGAGGCGCUUUCACGCCCGUGCUGCGGUCUGAAGUACCGCGCGGGGCGCAGCUCUUUAGGGCAAAGUGGGUCGACAAGUGCGACAAAGGGCGGUACAAGUCCAGAUGUACAUGCGCCGAUGUCAAGGCCCGCUACAGCCCAGAGCAGGAAGCUGGCAUGGACGUUUUCGUCCCAACGCCAACGCCCGAGAGUCACUCCCUUUUGGAAGUAGCAGCGCUACACAACGAAGGGUGGGUCACUAGGUCUUUGGAUAUAGUGGCAGCCUUCUUGAUUGGGAGGGACCGCGGUGCGGCGGAAGGCUGCCCGGUCUAUAUGCACGCGCCCGUGGAGUGGCGCGAGCUCUUUGACCAAUGGGUCUUGGAGCAGCCAACAAAGGACCAGCAGUGGUACCGAGACCACUUCCGGGACUUUGUGUUUAGGGUGGACGGCAACCUUUACGGCCGUAGAACGGCCGGGUCCGUCUACAGGGACGAGCUGGAGGAAGUCUUGACUGGCAAGCUCAGCAAGGACUACGACUUCCAGCGAGGCGUGAAGGACCCGUGCGUGUUCCUAGACCGCCGGUCCGGCUUGAUCCUUCUCCACCAUAUCGACGACAUUCGUGUCGCCGGGCCCAAGGCCGCAGUGCUGAAGUUCACCGAGGUGGAUCUCCCGGCACACUGCGAGAUAACGGUGGGAGAACUGGAGGAGUUCCGCAGUGCCGUCGGUAGUGCCAUCUACCUGUCGGCAGACCGGCGCGACAUACAGUUCGCCGUGAAAGAGCUGGCACGCAGAAUGCAGAACCCACGCAUCUGCGAUUGGCUCGCUGCGGAAACCCUCGCGCGAUACCUGCGGGCAACCCCGCGGUUUGGAAGAGUGGUUGUGCUGGACCCGGCGUCCAAGAGCACAGCCCUUCUGAACUUGGAGGUCUACUCAGACUCCGACUGGGCGGGGUGCCCAGAGACAAGAAGGAGCACAGACAACAUAGUUGCCUGUCUCGGGGGAGCAGUCAUCCAGACAAGCUGCCAGACACAGCCCGGCCUCCCAGCAACCUCCAGCGGAGACGCGGAGAUCCGAGGCGUGUCGCGAGCAGCAAGGGAGGCCGUCUUCCUACGAGAACUUGCGGAGAAAGACUUCGCCCUGGCCUGCGGCUUGCCGCGGCUCUGGGCGGACUCCGCAGCUUCGAUCGGAGCCGCCAAGCGGAUAGGCCCAGGGUCUAAACUUAGACACCUGGAAGUCGCGGAAUUUUUCGUCCAAGGCGCGCUCAGAGCCAAACUUCUCGAACUGAGAAAAGUUAAGGGAACCGAGAAUCCGGCAAACUUUGCCACCAAGCACGCGAAGACUGGACCGGAGGUGCGGCAAUCCCUGCCCUCCAUGGGCAUGGUGGACCUCGACGCAGUCGCAGGUGCCGCCGAGGCUCUUGCCCAAAAGGGCACGAUCAAGACAAUCCAGGCAAGCCCCUGGAAAAUGAGUCCGCCGACCAAGCUUCCGAGCUCGGCGCUCAUGGCCACAAUCGUGGCACUGCAGGUUCGACCUGCAAAGGCCCAAGGGCACGACUUCGCUGAGCUGGUGCUCGGCUUCGCGGCCCUAGGCUUCCUGGCCUUCUUGUGGAUGCUUUGGGGCCUCGUCUCCUGGCUCUGCAGGUGCAGACGCGAAAGGCACGAGCCUGAGCCCGAGGCUGAAGUGGAGCACCACGCCGAGCGUGCCGAGGAGCCGCCGCGUGCAGCCCCAAGGGCCACAGAGGUCUGGCUAAGGCCAGAAGCGCCAGAAGAGGCGCAAGCAGAAGCACCGAACCAGGCGCAGGCAGAAGCGCCGAACCAGGCGCAAGCACAAGGAGGUGGGCAGCAGCCCAGGGGGGCUCAAGAGCCAGAGCCUGAGGGCGAGCGGACCCCGGGUCCGCCCCCUGCGGCACACGUGCCACCACCACCGCCGCCCGCAGCACCAAGGGUGCGGCGCAGGCGUAGGGGACCGGAACCCCUUUCCGGGGACGACGAGCAUCUCUACGAGACAGCCUGUGGUGACAGGAUCCACCUGUUCACCAACUGCAACGGGUUGAGCUCCGUCCCACGGGAUCAAAUCCUGAUCGGUUUUCGCUGCCAUUGCGCAGCAGAUCCCCAGAACUCGGAGUACCUUUGGACCGGGUUCUCUUUUCAGGUGGCCACCGGCCGCGUCGUGCGCCGGUACCACGGCCAACAAAGAGGUUGCCCCUUCAUGGAGGGAGCAACAAUGAGGCAUCGAGUGUGCCUGCACUGCCGCAACGGGCACCAAAGCACCAAGCCCGGCAGUGCGGUGAACAACUCCCGCCUUUGGGUGCCUCCACCUUGA